AAUUGAAUUAGGACAAUUUGCGGUCACAUCUGUUCUUCAUUUCGCUUCUGAAUUGCUGCAGAAACCGCCUUUAUAAAUAAUCCACAUUUGUCCCUGCAGUUUUUUAUUAGUCCUCACUCAAUAUUCUCUGUUCCAAUCCAAGCUCUCUUGACAGAACAAGAACAGGGAUUAUAAAGAGUCUUUUGUUCUUCAGUUGACCUUUCUAAUCUCUGUUUUUGUAAUGUCGACAUUCUCGAAACCUUCUCAAUUCUCAGGUGGUGAUGAAGAAACCAUCUUUCACACAACGUACAAAUCGAAAAAGGUGUCGUACCCACCAUGGUAUUCACCAGAAACAGGGGUUUACCAGAGCAAAUACCCUCCGGUUCCCCUCCCUUCGGACCCUUUUCUCGAUGUUGUUUCCUUCAUUUUCUCACACAAACAUGAUGGCCUAACAGCCCUUGUUGAUUCUUCAUCUGGGUUUUCCUUAUCUUACUCAAAGAUUCUUCCUUUAGUAAAAUCAAUUGCUAGUGGUUUACACCAAAUGGGUGUUUCUCAGGGUGAUGUGGUCUUGAUUUCUGUCCCGAAUUCCAUUCAUUUUCCCAUUAUUUUUCUCGGGGUUCUGGCCGUUGGUGCAAUUGCCACUGCCAUUAAUCCUCUGAGUAGCCUUUCGGAGAUUAAAAAACAAGUUCUCGAUUGUAAACCAUCUUUUGGGUUUUGUUCGCCUGAGAGAGUUGGUGAAUUUAGUCCUUUAGGCUUUCCUGUUAUUGGGGUGCCGAGUACUGAGUUUUUGAUGUCUGAAUCCCAGCAUUAUAAGGAUUCUGAUUUUCUUAAGUUGAUUUCAAGUGAUCCCAAUUCGGCUCCGAGGCCUAAAAUCAAUCAGCAAGAUGCUGCAGCGAUUUUGUAUUCAUCAGGCACCACUGGUUCAUGCAAAGGAACUGUGCUAACUCAUGGCAAUUUUAUAGCUUCUGUGGUUCAGUUUGUGAGGUUUGAAGCUUCCACUUAUGCUGAGUCUCCGAGCACUAAUGUGUAUUUGGCCUCUUUGCCCAUGUUCCAUGUCUAUGGACUUGCGCUUUUCGUGAUGGGACUGUUGUCAUUGGGUACUCGUAUUGUUGUGAUGAGAAAAUUUGAUGCUGAUGAAAUGAUUAGGGCUAUUGAUAAAUAUGGUGUCACUCAUUUCCCGACGGUUCCUCCUAUAGUGUUGAAAUUGACAAAAAUGGCUAAGGAGGCCCCUUCUGGUGGUAGUUUCAAGAGUUUAAGGCAGAUUUCAUGUGGUGCAGCUCCUGUGACUGGAAAGAGCAUUGAAGAUUUCGUUCAGACAUUUCCUCAUGUAGAUUUCAUUCAGGGAUAUGGUAUGACUGAGACAACUGCUGUGGGAACCCGUGGAUAUAACACAGAAAAAUUUCGCAACUAUGGUUCUAUAGGACUUCUGGCUCCUUCUGUCCAGGCUAAAGUGGUCAAUUGGACCACUGGUUCUGUUUUACCUCCUGGUAAAACCGGCGAGCUCUGGAUCCGAUCUGCUGGUAACAUGAAAGGUACUCUUUUCAGAUAUUUAAAGAGGCUGCAAGCGUUACCAAAGCUUUUGAAUCAAUUAAGUUAAGUUAUUGAAAGAUUCUAUGUGAAUUAGUCUUAUUAUUAAGACUAAUAGGCAGAGAUAUAUAUCUUCAGACUUGAGCUUGAUUGGUGCUAGUGUUCAACUUUAUUUUUUCAUUUACACAGAUGAUUGUCAAUGCCUGCUCUUUCAGAUAGUCGUUUCAAUUCCUCCAACUCAAUUACAAAUUGCUCCCCAUUUACUGUCUUUUUGUUCAGUUCAUUUUGACAUCACUAUUUUAAACUGAUGGCACGUAGAAGGACAAUGUUGCUCCAAACACAAUCAGUGGACAUACCAUGACUUUUAAUCUGUUUACUUUUAUGCCACUUUACCAUAAGCUGAUAUUCUUGGAGAUCUUUUCUUUUUUUGACCUGUAGGAUAUCUGAAUAAUGAGGAGGCAACUAAGUCUGCAAUUGAUAAAGACGGCUGGCUUCGUACUGGUGAUAUUGCUUUCUUUGAUAAGGAUGGAUACGUAUAUGUGGUUGAUCGAUUGAAAGAGAUCAUCAAAUUCAAAGGAUUCCAGGUAAAUUUUUUGGCUCUCUUAAUCUGUCAUCUAUUGUUCUCCCACCAAGGAGAUUCUCAUAUUCUAUUUGCAAAUUUCAAAGAAAAUAAAUAAGAAUGUCUACAUCAUCUAAUUUUCCUUUUCCUUAUGAUUAAAGUGUAUUCAGAAUGUCUUGCGAAGGGUUAAAAGUAAUAGACUUUGAAAAUGACAGUUGAUACUAACUUGAAAAGAGGCAACUUUUCCACCUUGGAUCUGUCCCCUUGUUAUUGCAGUACUUAAGGCUCUAAUGGCUUCUACUGAAUGCAGAUUGCACCUGCUGAUCUGGAAUCAGUAUUGGUAUCCCAUCCUCAAAUUGUUGAUGCUGCAGUAACAGGGUGAGUCUGCAUACUGUUUUUGUUCAAUAGCACUUACAGCAGCAUUUGGCACAUUUAUAAUCAGACCCUGCUAUGAUUUUCUGCUAUCGACAUCACAUGUACUUGCAUUAAAUUAGGGAUGCUCGAAAUCAUAGACAUCCUAAUUUCAAUUUGGAAUGGCCUGGACUUGAUUAGGUCUUUUGGGAUGUAAUCAAUAGUAUCUUAAAGUUCCCACGAUCUUCCUCUCAUUCCUUACGAAAUGUUUUGUUGUUAUUGCCAUAUUAAUGUAGAGCAAGAGACGAAGAAGCUGGAGAGAUUCCAGUUGCAUUUGUAGUCAGAAAAGAGGGAAGCGGACUUUCUGAGGCUGCAGUGAUUGACUUUGUAUCGAAGCAGGUAACUGAAUGAUGUCUCUUUUUUUCUUGAAAAUCUUCUGAGGAUGUUCACAGCAGCUGGUAAUGCAGAUGAAUUUUGUUACAGUACCUUUUGCCAUCUUACCUUGUACGUCACUUUUGGGACAGGUUGCACCUUACAAAAAGGUCAGGAAGGUGUAUUUUAUCCGUUCAGUACCAAGGUCUCCUGCUGGAAAGAUCCUUAGAAGGGAAUUAAGGACCUUACUAAUUUCCAAAGUAUAGCUCUUCAAAGAAGCAAUGUCUUGUUGUCCUCCUUUCAACCCUCUACAUCGUACAAGGUUGCUGUUGGGACAACGACGACAAUAAAGUUUUCAUCUCAAUAUGUGAGAUCGGCUGUUAGGAAGAAAGCAAAAAGAAAGGCAUAGGUUUUAGACUGAGACGAUGUUUUCAUCGCAUUACUGUCCACAAUUGUUGAAAAAAUCUUAAGGUUUGGACAAACCAUGGCACCAUUUGAUAGGGGGAUUCAUUUUGCCAAGGUGGCAUAUAGCUUAGAGAAACUUGAACAAUGUCACAUAUCAGUUCAUUGUCUGACUCACAGGGCAGUGCUAUUGAAUAUAAAAUGUACAUGGGUAUUAUUAUUAUAUGAGAAAAUCACAUGUUUGUCCUCAAUGUUUGCUCAAUUGAUAGAUUUAGUCUGGAUUACUUUUAGCUUAACAAUAAUAGUCUUCAGAUUUACAUAUAUUAUGUAUUUUCUG